AGUUUCAGAACCACCAACGCAAGAAAACAGAAAUGGCUGAUGAACCACAGGUCGUUGCUGAACGUGAGCGCAUUUUCAAGCACUUUGACGCCAAUGGUGAUGGCAAAGUCUCUGCGGCGGAGCUUGGGGAUGCCUUGAACAAAAUUGGCUCGGUCACAACUGAUGAUGUGAAACAUAUGAUGUCCGAGAUUGACACUGAUGGUGAUGGGUUCAUUUCGUACAAAGAAUUCAUGGCCUUUGCCAGUGCCAAUCCUGAUACGCUGAAGAAAGUUGCCAAGAUAUUUUAAUUUUAAUCUCUCUAAGUGAUAUUCUUUUCAUGUCUUCCCCAUAUUUUGUUUGUGAUUCAUUUGCAUGACUACUAGAGUACUUGAGCUAAUCAUGAGGGUCCAUUUGGAUUUUUCUCAUGAUAAAGUUGUUUUGGUCGUUAAUUACUACUGUUUCUUCUUGUAUUGAUAUGAAAAAAAAAAAAAUUUUAUAACUUUUUUUUA